AACUUUUCAGCAAAAGCUACUACAACAAUAGCUAGUGGCUGUCUUUGGGUUCGUGUUGAGAACACGUGGACAACAAUCCUUAGCAGAACAUACCACAUCAAACACAUUUCUUCCUUAGUUUUCGAGUAAUUCAACCCUGAAAAAUAUUGUCGUGUCUCUUUCUUUGCCAUUCCCACUCCUUUAAGCCUAGCCUACUCUAUCUUCAAUUCAAUCAACUCUCUUUCACUUCUCUUAUUAUCUAUCUACUUUUUGUGAGCUCAAUCAAAAAUGGCUAUGGUUGUGACUGCUUCUACUACUGCUCUUCUUCAUCAGCAUUCUCUCCAUCUUCCCAAGCUCUCACUUUUCUCCAGAAACCAUGCCAACCCCUCCUCCGCCACCUGUCUUAAAUUGGACUCUCAUGUAAUUGAAACGACAAGGAGAAGUCCUCUUCUUUCCCCUCUAUUAGUCAAAAACGACACACUUUGUGAGGUUGUACUUGAUUCUAAUAAGGAUAAUGAAGAAGAAAUGGAAGAGCUCAAUGACACCCACGAGACCCUUUUGUAUUCUUUUAGUCCUUUGCCUCUCUUGUUUGUGGCUGCUUUACCUGGAGCUGGGGCUAUAAGGUCUGUAUUUGGACCUUUUGUUGAGCUAGUAAAGUCAUGGAAUCUUCCAGACUGGCUUGUUCACUGGGGUCAUCCUGGAAAUAUGGCAGUUGUGCUGUUUGCCAUGGGUGGCUAUGGAACCUAUUUGGGCUUCAGAAUACGUUUCUCUGAUGAUUUGGAAGAAAAAGCAAAGGCCAAAGAUUUGCAUCCAAAGCUUUUGGCUGGGAUGUUUUUCUUCUUUGCUCUUGGAGCAACUGGUGGAGUAACAUCUCUUCUCACUUCAGACAAACCCAUCUUGGAGAGUCCACAUGCUGUUACUGGUUUAAUUGGCCUGUCUCUCCUUGCUAUUCAAACCAUAUUACCUACAUUAUUUGAGGGAAAUCCUGGAUUACGAAAUGUUCAUGGAAUUUUAGGGAGUGGGAUCAUGACUCUGUUUCUUGUUCAUGCUGCCCUUGGACUUCAACUUGGCCUAAGUUACUAACCAUAGUUUUGAGCUUUGUUACAAUAUUUUUCAAUGUUCUUUUUUUCUAUUAGAUUUAAAUUGACAGCAACUACAUUGAAAUAAACUUGUCACCGCCUGGUUCAUUAAAGCCAAAAUAUAAAGAAGAAAAAGAGUGUGAAAGUAUAAAGAGCAACAUAGCAGCACAUUCCCUGUAUUUACUAUAUAGCAGGCUGUCAAGUAUUGAGGGAAACCCCAUCAAAGUGUUCAUCUAAAGGUUUCUCAAU